AUGGACCCGCAGAUGGCAGCCGAGUCGUCCUCGAACCGGCCGCGGCUGCUGGCGCUGUGCGUGGCCGUUGCCUGCGGCACCUGCUUCCUGGCGGCGCAGCUGCUCGUGCCGCCGACUCCGCCGCCGCCCGCGACAACGGCCGAGCGGCAGCUCUACGCCGCCGCUGCACCGCCGCCCUCCCCUGCAGCAGCGCCGGCGGCGGCGGCGACCGAUUCAGACUUGCGGCGGCGCCUGCCGCAGUGCGUCAUCAUUGGCGCCCGCAAGUGCGGCACGCGGGCGCUCCUCGAGUUCCUGGCGCUGCACCCGUCCGUGCAGAAGGCGCCCGACGAGGUACACUUUUUCGACGACGACGAGCGGUACGCCCUGGGCCUGGACUGGUACCGGCGCCGGAUGCCGGCGUCGCGCGCCGACCAGCUCACCGUGGAGAAGUCGCCUGCGUACUUCGUCACCGAGGCGGCGCCCGGUCGCGUCUGGGCCAUGAACGCCUCGCUGCUCCUGCUGCUCAUAGUGCGGGACCCCGUGGUGCGCCUAGUAUCCGACUACGCCCAGCUGGCCGCCAACCGGCGCCAGCUGCAGCGCGAGGACGCGCCGCCCUUCGAGCAGCUCAUCCUGCUCCCCGACGGCGCCGUGAACGCCGAGUAUCGGCCCGUGCGCACCAGCAUGUACGCGGUGCACGUGCGCCGGUGGCUGUCGCACUUCCCGCGCCGCCAGCUCCACGUCGUCGACGGCGACCGGCUGGUGCGCGACCCGCUGCGGGAGCUGCGCCGCGUCGAGGCCUUCCUGGGCCUGCCGGCGCUCAUCCCGAGCGGCGCGCUGUACUUCAACCGCACCAAGGGCUUCUACUGCCUGCGGCCACGGCCCAACGACACCGCGGGCCGCUGCCUCAACGACAGCAAGGGCCGCCGGCACCCCCACGUGCCGGGGCCCGUAGUCAGUCGGCUGCGCCAAUUCUUCGCGCCCUUCAACCGGGAGUUCUACCACCUCAUGGGCAGGGACUUUGGCUGGCCCGAACAGUAGCGCCGCAUGUGCAUGGGUCGACCCGUUCAUUCUCAUAUACGAAAAAGGGGAGGAUGCUUACGUCUGUUCCUUUGGAUAAGAAAGCCAGAACUGUCAGCUCAUCCCGAAAGAGGAGAGCAUGCAAUGAUGCUGUCUUUAUGGCGACUGGAGUA